AUGUCUACCCAGGGUGUAAAUACUCCCACUCACCGGCACCCCCGCCGACGGGUGCUUUUAUCCUCUUGCCCGUCUCUUCCAACUUCUUCCAACUCUCUCGACUCCGGAACGCAGUCGAGCCCACGCCUGCGGAAAGGCGAAACGUUCCACCCGUCCAAGAGACCACCGACCAGCCGUGAUCCAUUGAUGAGCUUUCCACUCCUGCCUCGUCGGUCUCCCACUUGUCCCGAAGCCUUGGAAGCCAUUGCAGCGGGUCAACAGCGCAUGGCGAAUAUCCUCGACAACCUGGAGCUCGACACCUUCCGUUCCGACUCCCCGGACAAUGCUGAUGACUUUUCGCCUGCUCCCCGCCGAAUCCGGAGGACCCCCGCCAGACUGCAGACAACCGAAGAGUCGGACGGAGAGUCAGAACAUAGUCGACCUAUGUUGCAGAAAGAGUCUCCGGCAAAGGUUCGAAGAGUGAACUGCCACGCUUCCGACAGUGGCUUGGGUACUUCAAUCUGUAGCGCUGAAACCAUGCCUUCCAAGAAUAUUAUGGCCACCGCUGGGCCACUGUCACAGGAAAAACCCAGCACCACUACACACAAGUUGAGUAACAAUGCGCGCUUGGCAAUUGAAGGUCGUGUCCUCUUCCCCUUGCUCAAGGAGGAGAAAUUCCGUCCUUACCACACAUUGGUCCGGCGAGCCCACGAGCGCAUUGAAAAAGAGCAGAUUGUUUGCUUGCGUGACCUUGAAAAGACACUGCUCAUGUCGGCUCCUGAUGUGAAGGCUCGUAUCAGGACCUAUUUCGAAUUCUGUCAGGUUACGAUUUCCUGUCUAUUCGGCACAGUCCCUCAUCUUAACGACCGGGACCUGCGUAUGCCAACUGAUCGCCCAUACACCAAUGGCUACUUCCUUGAUCUUGUCUCGCAAAUCAACAGAUUCAAAUCUAUGCGCGAGUCGGCUCGUGGCAUCCAGCUUCGUGCCGAGGCACAUAAACAGGGAGAGAAAGCCGAUGGUAUCUUGUACGUUGUGCCCCCUUGGCAUGGCAAGAGUCUGGAUUCUAAUUUUGACAGUGAGCUUCGCCUGACUUUGGAGGGUGGCUACGCCAAGACGGGACGCCCUGCUGAACUGGUGGCUCAUAAGGACGGAGAGUCUAUCUCCAUGCGGACCGGUGAAGCGUACAAUGAGAACGCUAGUGUCUGUAUGAAGCGGAAGGCUGAGGAUGGAGUUGUGCGAUCCAUGGCACGCCGCAAGAAGAAUGCUCCUCCGAUGGAUAUCAAUAAGAAGUGCGAGUUCUGUGACAAGGUGUUCCAGAGGCCUUGCGAUCUUACAAAACACGAGAAGACUCAUUCACGACCAUUUAAAUGUGCUGAGCCCACUUGCAAAUAUCAUGAACUGGGUUUCCCAACUGAAAAGGAGACUGAGCGCCACUACAACGACAAGCAUUGCAACACACCCGUGAUGUAUAAGUGCUUGUUCCCUAAUUGCUCCUACCAGUCCAAGCGACAGAGCAACUGCAAGCAGCACAUGGAGAAGACUCACAAGUGGAAGUAUGUGCGGUCCAAGAACAACGGCCGCAUCGCCAAACGAACCACGCCUCAGCGAGGAUCAUCUCGGGCAUCUUCGCAGACCCAUGAGAUCGGAACCCCGAUUAACAAGCAAGUUCCCGAGCUCUCUACGCCCACUACGGGUGGAAUCUCCUCUCCUGGUGAACAUUUGGAACAUUUGGUUACGCAUCCCCAGGAUAUGUCCCUUUCGUUCGCCGGUCCUCUUCCAACGAAGACGGAUGAUUUCCAGCUCUUUUCCAAUGGCAGCUCCAUGGGUGGAUCUCCUUGUGAGUACAACGACUUCCGAACUCUCCCGUCGACUUCCACCAGCUUCGAUAUGGGACCUCAGAUGGGGGGGGUUGCAACUCCCAACUCUGGCUCCGCAGAGUUCCUCACGCCGGCCACCGGAACGACGCACUCGCCAUACGAGCCGGUCAGCACUUACCCCGAGAAUUCGAUGUUCUCGUUUGCCGACCCAUUCGCGCAGAUCAAACCUGACGACAGCCUUUUGUUCAUGAACAGUGGGUUCGGCGAGCUUCCCAGUAUGUUUGACGAUCCCCUGGCUUGUCUUCCUGAGCCUGCGUACGAGCCAGGUCCGAUCGAUUUCGACGGACUGCCGAAACUCGACGGGGACGCCAACAUUUUGUGCAAUAUGGAUCCGUGGGAGGAUUUCUUCAACCGGAACGACCACGGUGCCAUGUAA